AUGCAAAUCAACACUACAAAGAGGUAUCACUUCGAAUCAGAAAAAAGGACCAUCCUCACAAAGGACGAAGUCUGGGAAAUUGAUGGUGGUAUGGAAUGGCAUCAGGAAAAUCAAGGCAAGCUGAGAAGUAUGUCAAAAGGCUAUCAGUGUACUGCAUUUGGAAAACUAUGUCUUCUUCGUACAGUUUUUAUAAAAAGACAAAAAGUUCAUAAAUAUGUCACAAAUGGAAAGAGUUUGAAAUAUAAUAUAGAUUUCAGUAAUAAUUAUGCUGGAAAGAAUCCUAAUGGGUUUCAUGCACAAAGGGAAUCAUCCUUCCAUUCUAAACAUGAGCAAGCUCUUACUGGAAUAAAAUACUGUGAAAGUAAUGAAUCUGGAAAAACUGCGAACAGAAAGUCACAGCUCAUAUGCCAACAAAUACGUAUGGGAGGAAAACCCUUUGAAUGCAGUUACUAUGGGAAGGCCUUCAGCAGCAAGUCAUACCCUGUGGUGCAUCAGCAAACUCAUUCACAAGAAAAACCCUGCAAAUGUAAUGGAUGUGGGAAAGACUUCAGCAGCAAGUCCUACCUCAUUGUUCAUCAAAGAGCUCACACAGGAAAGAAACUACAUGAAUGCAGUGUUUGCCAGAAAACUUUCAGUUUCAAUUCACAACUUGCUAUACAUCAGAGAAUUCACACACGGGAGAAUCCCUAUGAAUGCUGUGAAUGUGGGAAAGUCUUCAGUAGGAAAGACCAGCUUGUUUCACACCAGAGAACUCAUUCAGGGGAGAAUCCUUAUGAAUGCAGUGAAUGUGAGAAAGCCUUCAGUCGGAAAUACCAGCUCGUUUCACAGCAGAGAACUCAUGUAGGGGAGAAGCCCUAUGAAUGCAAUGACUGUGGGAAAACUUUUGGUUUGAAGUCACAGCUCCUGAUACAUCAGAGAACACAUACAAGAGAGAAACCCUCUGAAUGCAGUGGAUGUCAGGAAGCAUUUAAUACAAAGUCAAACCUUAUUGUACAUCAGAGAACCCACACAGGAGAGAAUCCCUAUGAAUGCAAUGAAUGUGAGAAAGCCUUUAAUAGAUAAGAUCAGCUCAUCUCACAUCAGCGAACUCAUGCUGGGGAAAAACCUUAUGGGUGCAGUGAGUGUGGGAAAGCCUUUAGUAGCAAGUCAUACCUCAUUAUACACAUGAGAACUCAUUCAGGAGACAAACCAUACGAAUGUCACAAAUGCGGAAAAGCCUUCAUUUGGAAGUCACUUCUCAUUGUACAUGAGUGAACUCAUGCAGGGGAAAACCCUUAUAAAUGCAGUCAAUGUCAGAAAUCCUUCAGUGAAAAAUUACGGCUCAUUAUACACAGAAUGCACAAAAGAGAGAAGCCCUCUCAAUGCAACGAGUAUGAAAAAGCCUUCAUUAGGAAAUCUCAGCUCAUUGUACAUCAGAGAACUUUAGGGGAGAAAUCCUAUGGGUGCAGUGAAUGUGGAAAAACCUCUCAGAAAUCAAUUCUCAGUGCACAUCAGAGGACUCAUACAGGAGAAAAACCCUGUAAGUGCAGCGAAUGUCGGAAAGCCUUUUGUUGGAAGUCACAGCUCAUUAUGCAUCAGAGAACUCAUAAAGAUGAGAAACAUAUUGAGCUCCAGGGCGGUGGCGUGGGGUUAAUCCAGGGUCACAGCUUCCUCCUGCUGCAGGGGCCGGGGGUCAUGGCGCCCUCUCCUCCACCCCAGCUCAGCGCCCCCAGGACCCCGGCUCCGCUCCUUCUGGGACCUGAGAACGCGCAGAAGCAGGCUGGGUGGCGCCUCCGACGCCCCCCCUCGCCCCCCAACCUGUCGGCUCCCGUGCAGCCCCCCGAAUGCCACGGACCCCCGAGAACCUCUCGGCUCCCCGAGAACCACCGGAACGCCCCAAACCCAGGCUGGCGGACCCGCAGGCCCCCCGGACUUACGGGGCGCAGGGCACGGGCGGAGCACGUGCGCGCCGAGCGUGGAAGCGGCCCCGGGCGCCUGGCGCGGGUAGUUGGGGGCGUGCGGAUGAAGGGCCGGGUCCCCUCAGUGUUCGGGGUGCCCCCCGAGCCCACUUCCUUCCCGAACUCCAGGACCCUCUCCAUGAGCUCGGCCCUUAGCCUCCUUCCCGCCCUUCCUGGAGCCGGGUGGGGCGGGCUGUCGGCGCUGGGGGACACCUGGGUCUCUCGAAGGGUGCGGGGUCGCGGGCCUCCUGCCAGUCGCGACGGGAAGAAACGUGGGGCCCCGAGGCAGGAGCUCGUGACAAGGAGCCUGUUCCACAGAAGUGAGGUAGUUGUGAACACAGGUCUGCACGUGCUGUUUGAAAAAGCGAUCGCCAGCUGCGUCAGCGGCCACGGCUGGGAAGCUGCCGCUGCACGUUACACGUUACGCCGCGCCUCGCACGGGUGCUUUGCAGGACCCGGCGCAGACCGGGAGUCAUGCCUGCGGUGCGGGCCCGAUUGA